UGGCGCCGCCAGUGCAGCGGGCUCCGCUAUGGAUGCCCCCGGGGCCCGGGCUCCCAGGGCCGGCCCAGGAAGGAAGGAGUUGAAGAUCGUGAUCGUGGGCGAUGGCGGCUGCGGCAAGACCUCGCUGCUCAUGGUCUACAGCCAGGGCGCCUUCCCCGAGAACUACGCCCCGUCCGUGUUCGAGAAGUACACGGCCAGCGUGACCGUGGGCAACAAGGAGGUGACCCUGAACCUCUACGACACGGCAGGACAGGAGGACUAUGACCGGCUGCGGCCCCUGUCCUACCAGAACACCCAGCUGGUGCUCAUUUGCUAUGACGUCAUGAACCCCACCAGCUAUGACAAUGUCCUCAUCAAGUGGUUCCCCGAGGUCACCCAUUUCUGCCCGGGCGCCCCCAUGGUGCUCGUUGGCUGCAAGACGGACCUGCGGAAGGACAAGGAGCAGCUACGCAGGCUUCGGGCCGCCCAACUGGAGCCCAUCACCUACAUGCAGGGCCAGAAUGCCAGCGAGCAGAUCCGGGCCGCGCUCUACCUGGAGUGCUCCGCCAAGUUCCGGGAGAACGUUGAGAACGUGUUCCGAGAGGCUGCCCAAGUGGCCCUCAGUGCCCUGAAGAAGGCCCAGCGGCGGAAACGGGGGUUGUGCCUGCUGCUCUGACCCAUGUGCACCUCCCUGCCAGGACUGACAGGGCCCAGGCUCGGGCCACACCCAACUCCCUCACAGGGUUCCGGAGUUGGUAUCUGCUACCUGUGGCUGGACUCUGGGGUCCCAAGGGAACCCACUCCAUUCCCGACAGGGACUUUGGACUAUAGUCUCACUUCCAGGCUUGCCCUGGAGCCGGGGCCCCGUGGAGGAUGGGGCACGGGGUGCUCCGAGCACAUGCUCUGUGGGGUGGGCCCCCUUUGUGGCUUCCACCUGCCAGGCUGGGCCCCAUCUUUGCACAUCGGUUUAUGCUUGAAAGGAAACCCGGCGGGCGGGCACGCAGGCAGCUGUGGGCUCUGCAGGCCGCCUGCUCCCCGGGCUCCAGAGAUAGGCCCAGCUGUCUCCUUCUCCUCCGCUUCUUCCUUCCUUCCUUCCCCCAGGAACCCGGGAGGUGGGGCCAAAGCCUAUCAGGAAUACACAGAGCACAGAGCCCAGGAUGGGGCCGGGCAGGGGGCUCCCACAGCGGUACCACCCACCAUUCCCCUGCACAAUGCUGGGCACCCAAGCUCCUGGAGAAGCAGUCUGGCAGGCAGAACACCCCCUCGGUCCCUGAGUAAGUGAGCCCUGCCCCAGGACUCCUUACUCCAACCCCAGUGCUGGGAAGUCCAGGUGAAAGGAUCCUCCCCGAGAGAGACCAGGUUCUCCUUCAGGACUGGCCCUUUACUUGUCAGCAAGCUGCACCCUGGCCAGCCAGCCUCCACUUGUACCAGGAUGUGGGGUUCUAGAGCUGAGGCCCUCCUGGACCCAGAGGGGCCUCCCCCAAGAUGGAGCGUGGCCCCAGGUAGCUCCUGCCCACUUACCCAAGGCUGAGCUCCCUAUGACCUGUGCCCGUUGAAGCCAGGAUGGAGAGGGAAGGGGCCCUCUGAGUGCAGCCCUCACCUGGGCCCUUGCUGGGGGUCUGAGGCCCUCCCUCAGGGGUCCCCAGAGUACUUGGACCAAAGGCCUCUGAUUCCAGCAGAAUUCAAGGAUUUCUACAUGCAGGAUGGCCUGGGGUAGGGGUUAGCAAGCUCCCGUCGGGCCUGUGUGUCAAAUCUGGCCGCUGCUUGUUUUUUGUGAAUAAAGUUUUAUUGGAACAUGA